GGUAGAUGUACUACCCAGUGCUUCGUCAAAAUCAGACUGUCCAACAUCUACAUUCACAUACAUGUUCACCGUCUUUUCUUCUUCAGCUUUGAUCUCUCUACACCCCCCAUAAACUUUCACAGUUCGUAUGAGUUUGUCGUGUGAAAGGAUUUAUACCCUUUUCAGUGACGGCGCUGUCUUGUUGCCGAGCUAGCAUACUACCUAAGAAGCUGAGGUUCAAAACAGUCUGUGCCAAAUAGACAUGAUUCAACGUUCGCCCUCCAUGGACAGCGUAGUCCAGUGUCUGCUCAACGACUCGCGACUGGAGAUCAUGCUCGUUAGGAUAGUGGAGUGUACAGCUGAUAGUUUCAGCAUGUCGGUGGAAUACCAAGUAACCGCCACCGGCCCGGUCGGUUCCGUGGUCGACGCCAUGCUCGUCGACCUCGUCUACCUCGACCGGCCCUUCGGCAAGGUGCGGCUGCCCCAGACGAAGACGCGCUUCAACGGCACCGACGUGCACUUUUACGACCAGACCAUCCACGUCACCAACAUGUCCAUCUGGCUGCAGCUCUUAUCGGACCUCACUCAUAAGGAGAAAUUGGUAUACCAUCUCCGCAAUGGCGAGGCUCAUCUCACGGGCCCGUUUGGGACGACAGCGCAGUGUGGGUACAACAAGGAUAUCCAUGUGUUGGGGAUGAACGGGCUCCCAGUCCUGAUCAAGGAUGUGGAUCGGGAGGAAAGGAAGGUCACGCUGACCAUGAGAAAUCUGAGUACCUUUGAGCUUGACUAUGGUCCGACGGUCUUUGAGAUUCAGGAGGGUGGAGGGAAAGGGCAGUGGAGAACGAUUGCGAGGUUGAAGGGCGACUUCUUUACUAAGCGGGGCGAAUUUCAUGUUGCCUUCGAGGUCGAGACGGUAUCCUUGGACGGCGAAAUCGACCACGCUCAAGGGGGUGAGGUGAAGGAGAGUGGGAUGAGGCCAGCAGCAAAGAAGAUGGGGUUGGAUGCGGAUAAGACAUACCGUUUCCAAGGUGUUGGAACGGACAAGGAGGGAGCAUGGACAAAUGAAGCGAUCAAGUUUAUUCGAAGCCCGAUCUUGUUGACGGAAAAAUUUAUCUCUUUGUACUGACAGGCCAAAGGCGAUGGGAUCGAUAUACUGCGUACUUUAAAGGCUGAUUGGACAGUGGGACCUCGAUUUUCAGGGGAAGUAAACAAAACCCAAAACCCAUGGUGAGUGAUGUCGGUGUUCAUUUCUUUUGGCUGUCCAGUUACUUGUCGGGCUUCGGCAGAAUAGCCAACCACCAUUCGUUUGCAGGCCUUCCUUCCACUUCAAUUGGUAGAUCACAGCCAAAAGGAGCAUGGAUAUGUUGGUGCAUCUGGAAGGCACGGUGCAGCUGAAACCAAGCCCAGAAUUGUGAGGGGGAAGCUGCAAUUGUUAUAACUCUACGAGGGAUUCAAGCUUGUGGGAAUACAGAAGCAAGAUGCAACAGCCCAGUGUCCUUAUGCCCGACAAAAUGCCGUAGAUACCUGUACAGAUAUGAUACAAC